CAACACGGGGGAGGCUGCACUUUCUGGAUUUCCUGUUCUGUCUUUUCAUAUCACUUCGUAAAACCACAGUGCUCAGAAUAAGUUUCCGACACUGACAGAACAACAGCUAGCUUUCAUAAGACUUGAUAUGACAAUACGUGCUUUUUACAUUAACUCGUGGUCGGCAGGAUUCAAGCACGCUUCUAACAGCCUACUCAGAAACUCACGGAGGUUCACCUCUAUGCUGAUGGGGAACCGAAAAGCACAAUACUAACCAAAAUAAUGAACAAUGCAUUUAUUACAAUUCUAGCAAGUCAUAUUGGCAGAUGUGAGCAAAUCUCUAAACUCUUUUAAAACCUAUUUACCACAUCAUCAUGGAAAACAUAACCAAAUUCCAAAAUGAUUUCCAGCACUCUCUCUCCAUCUCACGGUAUCUCUUCACACCCAUCUACAGUCUGGUCUUGUUUUUCGGAUUGAUUGGAAAUCUCGGAGCUUUGUAUUACUUCAUCUUUAAAAUCAAACAGAAAUCUCCUUCAAACAUAUACAUCAUUAACCUGGCUGUGGCCGAUAUGCUUUUCUUGUUCGCCUUGCCAUUUCGUAUCCACUACCACCUCAAUGACAGCAACUGGAUAUUUGGCGAUGCCAUGUGUCGCAUCACCGGCACGAUCUUCUUCGCCAACAUCUACAUCAGCAUCAGCUUCAUGACCUGCAUCUGCGUGGACCGCUACAUCGCCACCCUCCACCCUCACACCUACCUGCAGCUUCGCAACACCAAUCUCACGGCGCUGGUGAGCACCGCUGUAUGGUUGGUCUCUGGGUCGGCUAUGUUGGUGUUCAUGUUAAAAUGCCCAUUAACAAGCAAAGGGAACAUGUGUUUUGAGGGCUUCAGUCAAAAAGAGUGGAGCGACUUGGCACCCUACAGCAUAAGCAGUCUCAUUUUUGGAUCCCUUCUGCCCUCUGCGGUCAUUCUGGUUUGUUACCCCAUCGUGGCCCAUCGCAUCGCCCGGAUCAAGAACUCCACCGCCCGCGGGGCACGGCGGAUCAUCUACGCCAUCCUAGCCAUCACACUUCUGUGUUUCCUUCCUUAUCAUAUCGUGCAUCUUGUGUACCUCUUGACACGCUUGAAAAACACCAAAGAGAAUGACGUGAUUUUUAUCCUCCGUAGGGUGACCAUGGCUCUGGUCAGUCUAAACAGCAUCUUGGACCCGCUUUUGUACUACUUUGCCACGGGCCACUACAAGUGGAGGCUCAAAAGACUGAGGCUGAGGAAGAAAACGGGUGUUUAUUCCAUUUCCAAUGGCUUUUGAGCUUCUGAAAGCUUCGUUCCAACUGAACUAUUUCAGAGAGCAAAGACAGCACAUAAAAUCAUCUGUAAAGCCAAAAGACUGCAAUACAGAAAUAUGGACUCCAAUGUGGCUUGAUGAAACGGAGUCAGGAAUUUUCUCAUAUAAUUGUACCAAUACAGUUAAAGAAAAAAAAAAAAGCAAACUUACUGAUAUAUUGGCCAAUAUUUGGCUUUUUUUUUUAAAUGAUCUUGAGUCGGUUCUGAGUUUUACUGUCAUUUCAGUGGUUAAUGCAAUUUUUUUUUUAGUUUGUGUAUCAUUUCAUAUCAUUGAAUUAUUACAUAUAUACGUAGAUGUAAAUGUCAGUAUCACCACUGCAUUUUGUUUCAAAUUUUG